AUGUCCCCUGGCCACCUAAAGGUGACUCGCAAGCCCGUGUCACCCGCUGGCAACACAGACCUGCUGCCCGUGUCCCGGAUUUUACCGUUCGCCAACCUUUCGGACCUCACGGACCACCAGUGGUCUGCGGACCGCCGGUUGGAGACCGCUGCUCCGAAGGGGCAGCUGCCCCCAGUGCUGGGCCUCGCGCAGCCGAAGAAAUGGAGGCCCAAUCGCCUCCCAGGGAGCCCGUCCCCAUCGAGACUGAAGGCGAGGCCUGUGGACCUCCAGAGGCCUCCAGACCCCACGUCCAGAGUGAGGCAGUCCAGGAAGCCGGAGCCCAUGGAGGCUACAGCCCACCUCCAGAGGAAGCCAUGCCCUUCGAGGUCAAGCAGCCCAGCGUGGGAGGCUUCUGGCCGGCCCUGGAGCAGCCUGGAGAUGCCAGGGGGGCCCUUAGCCCAGGGCUCGUGCAGCCCAGAGCCCGCAGGGAGGCCAGACCAGACCUGGGCAGCUACAGCCCUCCGCCCGAAGAGGCCAUGCCCUUCGAGAGCGAGCAGCCUGCCCAGGGAGCGUGCCGCCAGCCUCUCCUGCAGAUCUGCGCGCUCGCGCCAGGAGGCCCGGCCGUGGGGGUCUUUAGCGCCCCCUCAGAGGAGCCCCAAGUCCUCAGACCUGCCUACGCAGGCUGCGGAGGAAACUGCAGCCCUCCCCCUGAGGAGGCGAUGCCAUUUGCGUUUGAUGGAGCAGCCUUGGGGGACGACAGCCCACCCCCUGGGCUCCCCCGAGCUACCCUACAAAUCCACGACGGUGGCGGCGGCCACUUCGCGGCAGUCGCGGAGCCGCGUGCGAUCCUCCUCGCUCCCGCCGCGAACGAGCCCCCCCUCUGGGACCCAGGAGCCAGCGUCAGCACAUCCGGAGAGGCUGUCAGAGCUCCUCCACACUUCGUGGGCGACAGCCCCCCGAUGGAGGUCUCCGGACCCCAGCUCGAGAUUGGUAGCGCCCCCGCUGGGGUCGACGACGCUCCCGUCAACAUGGACAGCCCCCCAGUCGCGCCUGACAGCCCGCCCAUCGAGGUCUCCGGAGCCCCAGUUAAGAGAGAGCGAGCAGAGGGAGAGAGACCCCCAGUUGAAGGCGAAGCAGCCGAGAUGGAAGGAAGCUCAGCCGCUGCAGCCGCAGCCGCAGCCGCAGAGGGAGACAAACUCCCUUCUCCCGGAGACGGAGCCCGAGCCCGAGACCGAGACGGAGACGGAGACGGAGACGAGACGGAGACGGAGACCGAGCUCCUCGCGGCCACGACGACGGAUCGGGCAGCAGCAGCGAUGA